AUGGCAAUCCUGCUCCCUCCCCCAGGCACCCAAGUGUUCCGGCCCUUCACCCAGGCGUCGCUGGAGGAGAUCAAGAGGCUCCAGGAGGAGAGCCAGAAGGCAGCUGCCGUAGAGGGCCAUGAGGAGGAGGAGGAGGCAGAGGGACCGAACCCAGACCUGGAAGCAGGCAAGCCGCUACCGCUGAUCUUUGGGGACCCUCCAUCUGAACUACUCAACACCCCUCUGGAGGACAUCGACCCCUUCUAUAAAGCGCAGCAAACAUUCAUUGUGAUCACUAAAGGAAACACCAUCUACAGCAUGUUCAUCAUGAUCACAAUUCUGUCCAAUUGUGUGUUCAUGACAAUGAGUAACCCACCAGCGUGGAGUAAAACUGUUGAGUAUGUUUUUACUGGCAUUUAUACAUUUGAGGCAACAGUCAAAGUGUUGUCUCGAGGUUUCUGUGUGGGACCUUUUACAUUCCUUCGAGAUCCAUGGAACUGGCUGGAUUUCAUGGUUAUCAGUAUGGCGUACGUUACUGAGUUUGUUGACCUUGGCAACGUGUCAGCACUCAGAACCUUUCGUGUGCUUCGAGCCCUCAAAACAAUCACUGUGAUUCCUGGUUUAAAAACCAUUGUAGCUGCACUGAUUCAGUCCGUGAAGAAAAUGGUGGAUGUCAUGAUUCUGACAGUCUUUGCCCUUGCUGUGUUUGCACUGGUCGGGCUUCAGCUCUUCAUGGGAAACCUGCGUCAGAAAUGUGUGCGCUGGCCCCUGUCCAAUGACACUACCUAUGACUUCUUUAACACUACAUCUUUAUUCAAUGACUCUUUAUUAUUGGACAACUCAACUUAUGUCAACAGUACAUUUGACUUCAAAGAGUAUAUUGAGAAUCCAGAAAAUCAGUAUUUUGUGGAAGGCAGUCUGGACGCUCUGAUUUGUGGAAACAGCUCCGAUGCUGGAAAGUGCCCUGAAGGAUACACCUGCAUUAAAGCUGGGAGGAACCCUAACUAUGGUUACACGAGCUUUGACUCUUUUGGCUGGGCCUUCCUCGCUCUCUUCAGACUUAUGACACAGGACUACUGGGAAAACCUGUUUCAGCUGAUCCUGCGUGCGGCUGGAAAGACGUACAUGCUGUUCUUUGUGGUGAUCAUCUUCCUGGGCUCAUUCUACCUCAUUAACCUGAUCUUGGCUGUAGUUGCUAUGGCCUACGAGGAGCAGAACCAGGCCACGAUGCGGGAGGCCAUCGAGAAGGAAGAGGAGUUUCAGAGACUGCUAGAGCAACUCAGGAAUCAGGAACAGGCCCACCUUCAUGGGAGUCAUGUGACUCUCACCAGUAAAAAGUCCCUCAGUCAUCACACAGCAUCAGAAGGAAAAAACAGCCCUGAACAUGAGGAGGUCACAAAGGACUGCAAUGGGAGGGUCAUUCCUAAACUUCUUGUCAGAGUCCCCACUAUGGUGGAGGUUCCCCCUGAUGAGGAAGAGACAAAAAAGUCCAUAGGCUCUGAUCGCAGCAGCAUGCUUCAUGCUGAGGAACCAGGCCUGACCAUCAGAACAGCGAGUGCCCUCACAGUCGCUACUAUGGCAGCCAUGGAAGAGUUGGAGGAGGCACAGCGGCCAUGCCCACCUGCCUGGUAUAAGUUUGCCGACAUGUUCUUGAAAUGGGACUGCUGGGAACCUUGGGUCAAGUUUAAGAAGAAGGUGUACUUUGUUGUGAUGGACCCUUUUGUGGAUUUAGCCAUCACCAUCUGUAUUGUCCUGAACACCCUGUUCAUGGCAAUGGAGCACUAUCCCAUGACUCCGGAGUUUGACCACAUGCUCUCUGUCGGCAAUCUGGUUUUUACCGGUAUCUUCACAGCUGAAAUGUUCUUCAAGCUCAUAGCCAUGGAUCCAUACUACUAUUUUCAAGUGGGAUGGAACAUUUUUGACAGCAUUAUUGUCACUCUGAGUUUGGUUGAACUCGGGCUGGCCAAUGUCCAAGGGUUAUCUGUCCUGAGGUCAUUUCGUCUGCUUCGAGUCUUUAAACUGGCGAAGUCGUGGCCCACACUGAACAUGCUGAUCAAGAUCAUUGGAAACUCGGUGGGAGCUUUGGGAAACCUGACUUUAGUGCUGGCCAUUAUCGUCUUCAUCUUUGCUGUUGUGGGCAUGCAGCUGUUUGGUAAAAGCUACAAAGACUGUGUGUGCAAGAUCUCAGAGGACUGUGAGCUCCCGCGCUGGCACAUGACGGACUUCUUCCACUCAUUCCUCAUCGUGUUUCGGAUCCUAUGCGGAGAGUGGAUCGAGACCAUGUGGCACUGUAUGGAGGUGGCAGGGACUGCCAUGUGCCUCAUUGUCUUCAUGAUGGUCAUGGUCAUCGGAAAUCUGGUUGUCUUGAACUUGUUCUUGGCCUUGCUGCUCAGCUCCUUCAGUGGAGAUAACCUGGCUCCUGGGGAAGAAGAUGGAGAGAUGAACAACCUCCAGAUUGCUAUUGGCCGGAUCAAACGGGGGAUCGCUUGGCUAAAAUCAUACAUCAUCACAAAAGCUUUGCAGAUACUUGGGAGAAAACCAAAGGAAGAACCAGACAGUAAAAUGGAGGAAAUUGAGAUGAAUCAUUUGGAGUCUACUCAAGCUCUGAAACUGGCUGAUGGGGUUCCGAACUGUGUAGUGGAGGGUCCUGCCUCUGAAGCUGCUGUGGAGGCGGAGCUUGGAUUUAAUGUACCAAUGGCAGAGGGAGAGUCAGACUUUGAAAUCGUAGAUGAUGAUGAAGAUGAUGAUGAAGAAGAAACUUCCUUAAAUGAAGAUACAAGUGAUAAUAAAAUGUUUGAAAUGCUCCAAGGUGCGUUCAGUGGAGAUGGGGAUUCUUCAGUCUGCAGCACAGCAGAUUAUCAGCCAUCAGAGUCUGAGCCAGAGGAGGUGGAGGAGGAGGAGCCUGAUCCAGUGGAACCAGAGGCCUGCUUCACUGACAACUGCGUCCGGCGCUGGCCCUGUCUCUUCGUGGACAUCACUGAAGGUAGAGGUAAAAUCUGGUGGAACAUUCGCCGCACCUGCUUCACUAUUGUGGAGCAUGACUGGUUUGAAACGUUCAUCAUCUUUAUGAUCCUCCUCAGCAGCGGGGCCCUGGCCUUUGAGGACAUCAACAUCGAUCGCAGACGGACAAUUAAAAUUAUACUGGAGUAUGCAGACAAAGUCUUCACCUACAUCUUUGUCAUUGAAAUGCUUCUGAAAUGGGUGGCGUACGGCUUCAAGACAUACUUCACAAAUGCCUGGUGUUGGCUGGACUUUUUCAUUGUUGAUAUUUCCCUGAUUAGUCUAGUUGCCAACUGGCUGGGCUUCUCGGAACUUGGACCAAUCAAAUCCCUCCGAACCCUCAGGGCACUCAGACCUCUUCGAGCUUUGUCAAGAUUUGAAGGAAUGAGAGUUGUGGUCAAUGCCUUAAUUGGGGCCAUUCCCUCCAUCUUCAAUGUGCUGCUGGUUUGUUUGAUCUUCUGGCUCAUCUUCAGCAUCAUGGGAGUCAAUCUUUUUGCUGGAAAGUUCUAUCGCUGCAUCAACACCACAACGUCAGAGAUCUUACCAAUGUCAGAGGUUAAUAACAAAAGUGACUGUCUGGCCCUUCAAGAAGAAACACAAGAGGCGCGCUGGGUCAAUGUCAAAGUCAACUAUGACAAUGUGGGAAGUGGAUACCUCUCCCUUCUUCAAGUGGCAACCUUCAAAGGGUGGAUGGACAUCAUGUAUGCUGCUGUUGACUCAAGAGAGCCUGAAGAGCAGCCUUCAUAUGAGAUCAACUUGUACAUGUACAUGUACUUUGUCAUCUUCAUCAUCUUUGGGUCAUUUUUUACUCUCAACCUAUUCAUUGGUGUGAUUAUUGAUAACUUCAACCAGCAAAAGAAAAAGAUAAAUAAGGACAUCUUCAUGACUGAAGAGCAGAAGAAAUAUUAUGAGGCCAUGAAGAAACUGGGUUCAAAGAAGCCACAGAAGCCAAUCCCACGUCCAACAAACCCAUUUCAGGGCAUGGUUUUUGACUUCAUCAGUCAGCAGCCAUUUGACAUCUUCAUCAUGGUGCUCAUCUGCCUCAACAUGGUGACAAUGAUGGUGGAAACGGACGACCAGAGCCCAGGGAAGGAGGACUUCCUGUUCAAAGUCAACGUGGCCUUCAUUGUGGUCUUCACCGGAGAGUGUGUGCUGAAGCUGAUUGCCCUCAGACAGUAUUUCUUCACAAACGGAUGGAACGUUUUUGAUUUUGUUGUGGUCAUUUUAUCCAUUGCAGGCACCAUGCUGUCGGACAUCAUAGAGCAGUACUUUGUGUCUCCUACUCUGUUCCGAGUGAUCCGUCUGGCUCGAAUUGGGAGAAUCCUGCGUCUCAUCAAAGGGGCAAAAGGCAUCCGGACACUCCUCUUCGCUCUGAUGAUGUCACUUCCUGCUUUGUUCAACAUUGGCCUCCUCCUCUUCCUCAUCAUGUUCAUCUUUUCUAUUUUUGGCAUGUCCAACUUCGCCUAUGUCAAAAAGCAAGCCGGGAUCGAUGACAUUUUUAACUUUGAGACUUUUGGCGGGAGUAUCAUCUGUUUAUUUCAGAUCACCACCUCCGCAGGUUGGGACGGGCUUUUACUUCCGAUGUUGAACAGGGAAGCUCCAGACUGCGACCCAGACUUCGAGCACCCGGGCACAGAUGUGAAAGGAGACUGUGGCAGCCCUGGUAUGGGUAUGAUGUUCUUCUGCAGCUAUAUUAUUAUUUCAUUUCUGGUUGUGGUCAACAUGUACAUCGCCAUCAUCUUGGAGAAUUUUAACGUAGCACAGGAAGAAAGCGGAGAUGCACUCUGUGAGGACGACUUUGACAUGUUUAAUGAAACCUGGGAGAAAUUUGACAUUGAAGGAUCUCAGUACAUCGAAUACAGCCAACUUUUUAUAUUUUGUGACACAUUACAAGAACCACUAAAGGUGCCUCUAUCUAAUCGCCUCCGCCUUAUCGAAAUGGACAUACCUUUAGUGACUGGAGACAGGAUUCACUGCACUGAUGUGUUACUAGCUGUUACUCAAAUGGUCCUAGGAGACACUGUGGAGAUGGCAGCAAUGCGUGAGAGUAUCUUGGCAAAGUAUGCACUCAGUAACCCCAAGAAAGACUCAUUUGCCCCCAUUGUCACAACUAUUCGUCUCAAAGAAGAGCUCCAGUCCGCCAUAAUAAUACAGAAAGCUUACCGCGCGCACUUACUGAAACGCUGCAUACGUCACGCCGCCUUCAUGCACCGUUCUCUGAGGAUAGGGAGGAGGGACGAAGAUGAAGAACCUCCAGAAAAACAGGGUCUUUUGGCUCGAAGGAUGGGGGUCCUCUAUGGCAGAGACCGGGAGCUGGCCGAGGAGAUGGAGCGGGCAGAUUUAAAGACUUUAGAGGAGCAGAACCCUCAGACUCACAGAGACUCAGAAAGCCCUGAGCCAGAUCGGCCUCAUCUCAUAGUCGUGCCUGUGGAGAUUACCAAUGAGGUUUUGUUACAUUCAGCCCCAAACACUUGCCCCUGUAUCCCCUUUGAAGACUUAAGAGAGUCCAUUGUAUAA